GAAGAAGCUAGGUUGGGGGGAAACGCUUCGUCGCGUCGAAUGACGCCGUCGAUUAGUAAUGACGUCGUCAAAUAGUAAUGACGUCAGAGUCACCGCCGCUUUGUAUGAUCUCAUAUUUCAAACACUUCACUCUCGAGCUGCCGACAAGGCUGACUGACGCCUUUAAAACGAGUGGAAGCUGUCAAAAAUGAGACAUUUUAAUGGACAUUUUGUCUUUAUGAGUUGCGAAGUCGGAACCAACCUGCUGGACCUUCCGCUGUAGAUGUUUUUUAGAUGUAUUAUUGAUGUUUUUAGAUGUGUUAUUGAUGUUUUUAGGGCACCAUGUUCGAACCCCCCGAGACGCUCCUCAAAUAUGAGAACCCAGUUUUAAUCAGCAAAACCACAGACAAGAAAUCUUCAAAGGGGGGCCGACCUUUUAAAGUGAGCUCUCAGCCGCACGCUGACUCCCCCGUGCCGCCCCCUCCUAAAGCCAAGUCAUCUGCAGCGGAAGCCACCCGGCAACAAAAUGAGGACAUACUCAACCUCAUCUUCCCACCCAGGGAAUGGAUGGAGGGAAACCAACUGUGGGUGCAGCAGGUGUCCAGUGCGCCGUGCACCCGAGCGGACGUGGUCAACCUUGAGGAACUGUUGGACAGGAAGCUGCAGCAACGGCGUGCCAUAGAGACCGGAAUCUGCCCUGUGCGAAGAGAGCUUUAUACACAGUGCUUUGAUGAGCUGAUCAGACAGGUGACCAUCAAUUGUGCGGAGAGGGGUCACUUGCUGUUGCGGGUCAGAGACGAGAUCCAGAUGACUAUCGCCGCGUACCAGACCUUCUAUGAGAGCAGUGUUGUUUUUGGCAUGAGGAAAGCUUUGCAGGCUGAACAGGACAAAGUGGACAUGGAGAAAAGGAUAGCGGAGUUGGAGAAGAAUAAAACGGAGCUGGAGAAAGAAUUGCGGGAUGAAAAGGCCAAAUGUGACGCCAUUGAAAAGACAGAAGAAGAAAAACAUGAAGUGCAAGAAAAGAAAUAUACGGAGCAGAUUCAGUUCUUGAAGAGAACCAACCAGCAGCUGAAGGCCCAGUUGGAGGGGAUCGUGACGCCUAAAUAACUUCCCUCUUAUGGAGUGUCAAAUGUAUUUUUUCAUGAAUGACUCUAGUUGAGUAUUAACUUAUUUGAAAUUAAAUGUUUUCAUAAAAGACUUGUGUAAACUUUAUU